AUAACCCUGUUGAGUGUUUUUUAACUAAAUUAACAUGGCUCGAAUGAACCGCCCAGCUCCUGUGGAAAUCACUUACAAGAACAUGAGAUUUCUUAUUACACACAAUCCAACUAAUGCGACCUUAAACAAAUUUAUAGAGGAACUUAAGAAGUAUGGAGUCACCACAAUAGUAAGAGUAUGUGAAGCAACUUACGACACUAGUCUCGUGGAGAAAGAAGGCAUCCAUGUUCUCGAUUGGCCUUUUGAUGAUGGCGCACCGCCGUCUAACCAGAUUGUUGGUGAUUGGCUGAGUCUUGUGAAAAUUAAGUUUCGGGAAGACCCUGGUUGUUGUAUUGCCGUUCAUUGUGUUGCGGGCCUUGGGAGAGCUCCAGUGCUUGUCGCCCUAGCGUUAAUUGAAGGUGGAAUGAAAUACGAAGAUGCAGUACAGUUCAUAAGACACGACGUGGAGCUUUUAACAGCAAGCAACUUUUGUAUUUGGAGAAGUAUCGUCCUAAAAUGCGGCUGCGCUUCAAAGACUCUAAUGGUCAUAGAAACAACUGUUGCAUUCAGUAAAACUGGGGUGCUUGAUGCCAUUGCUUGGAAGUGGAACCUAGACAGGACGGGAUUUGUCAUACAUGUUAGCCAGCACGUUGGCUUGGUGAAGUCUGAUGAAGCUUCCAUAGGAGUGUUGAAACGCAGUUUUACCAGGCCACAAGCCUGGCAGAAUUGCAGCCUCUAUGUUUGGGUUAUGAUCAACCUACUUGGACACUUAGCAAAGGAUUCUUGCUGUUCAGCAUUUAAAAUGUGCUUAUCGUUUGUACCAAUUGACUUUUCCUGAAAUCAUGUAGUAUGGAGUCAUUCAUGUCUUUAAAUCUGUUUCCAUGCCAGAUUCUUAUCAGUAUAUAAGAAAUUUAGAAAGACUAGGUGCCAAAAUACCCAGCACAAUUCUUGUUAUUUUUAGUAUCGAACUAAAAUCCCAGGAACUAUGAAAACUCUGGACCUUAUGUGUUUUAUUCUUUCCAUCAUUUCAAACAUAGAAAGUAGGGCCUAUAAGGUUAUUUGCUCACAGUAUGUUUACAUCUUCCACAUUCAUACCAGUAUACAUCAGAUUUGCUCGUUUGGUUUUUUUUCAUUAACCAAGUCUUACCAGUGAUUAUUUAAUGUCUUUCUAUAAAUCUCAUUUUGUGCUGUUAUGGAAGACCUCCGUUUUGAAAAUCUACAUUGUACAGAAGCACAUGUCUAAUGUCUCCAGACAAAAAAGCCUUACAGUUAAUUUUAAUGUUUGCACUUUGGGGUGCAACUUACAGGGAGGGCCUGAAAAAGGAAUGGGAGGGGGCUAUUAAGUAUUUUUAGUAAAAUGUUGCCUUUGUCUUGUGCAGAACAUGUAGAAUAUGCGCUUUAAUUUAGUAAAUAUUUUUUUAAAAUGUAGAAAUACUUUGUUAUUGUAGCUAAAACAAUUCUUAAUCAUAAAAUUUCUGAAAUUCUUGUAAUUUUUUUUCAAACUUAUCUGAAGUUGUUUACCAACUUAUUUUUGUUUGAAGUGUGAUUCUCAACCUCUUGCAAAAAAAAAAAGUGGGUUUCUGCUAAUGAAUUGAGCAGACAUUUAAUAUUUUAUAUGCCUUUUGAGCUGUGUAACUUAAUAUUUGGAUACUUGACAAUUUGUUUUAUUAUGUGAUUGAUAAAAUGGUGAUGUGUAUUAACGUCAGCUCAACCAUAUAUUUAUACUGUCCGGGAACAUGUGGUUAUAGUUCUGUGGGAGAAAUAAUUUGUCAGUGUUCACCAGCUUGUAAAAAUCUAGUGCGAGAGCUUAAACAUUAAAUAAAUGAUGAAAUGCA